AUGACCGCUAAUAUGUCCGUCAACCUCACCAUUGACCACUGCAACGUCACCAGUCCGGUCACAUAUGAAUUCCUGUCCUGGGUGAUAAUUGCAGAGUUCACGCUGGGUCUGCCUCUCAACCUGUCCGUCCUCUACAUCUUCAUCUUCAGAUUCAAGUUCUGGAAAAACAAAAGCAUCUUCCUCUUCAACAUCGUGGUCGCCGACUUCCUGCUGGUGGCCUGCCUCCCCGCCAAGGCCUACCACUACCAGCACGGGGUGCGGCGCAGCUCGGACAAGCUCAUGUGCAAGACGCUGCUCUUCAUGCUGUUCCUGAACCGCGGCGCCAGCAUCGCCUUCCUCAUCACGCUGUCGCUCGACCGCUACUUCAACGUGGUGCACCUCGGGCGGAGGAACUUUGUCCGGGUGCUGAAGAAGUCUCCGCAGAUCUCCAUCCUCAUCUGGCUGCUGCUGCUGCCGCUCACCGUGCCCACCCUGGUGCGCACGUUCGAGUGCUGCAACAGCCACGGCCGACGCGUCGAGACGGCGUACCACGACGUGACGGACACAUUCAGAGAGAUAGUCUUCUUCACCCAGAUCAUCAUCCCCUUCAUCAUCCUCGUCUACUGCACGAUUCGCAUCGUCAACCGGCUGAGGAAGAAAACCGUCGGGGAGAAAACCAAACUGAGGCGAGCCGUGUGGGUGGUCCUGUCCGUCGUGGUCGUCUUCUCCAUCUGCUUCCUGCCGUGCACGGUGGCCCGAGCCGUGCUGCUGGUCGUCAGGCUGAAGGACUGGCAGGACACGGAGGACGUGGUGGUGCAGAUCUACGACAGCCUCAUGGUCCUGUCGUACACCGACUGUCUGAUGGACCCACUGGUGUACUGUUUCUGUAACUCGGGCUUUAAAGACGCUUACAUAGCCGCCUUCUGUCCCACGUUCCUCCAGAAGAAACUGCAGAAGUACAACCUUGGCCCGCCAGCGGCUACAACAACCACGAUCACGUCUGGAACAAAGAGCAGCUCUUUGCCAAUGCUGGACAAGUAACAAGUUACACAUUCUUCUUCUCAGUCUACGAUUGAAACUUAAGCCAAGGAAGAAUGAACGAGUCCGUCACACGAAACGGGUUCACACGCGCGCGCACACACACACAGUGUAUUCAGGGACUGAAGCAGAUCGCACUGCUGACAAUUAAGAUCAUCCAAUAAUCCUUAAGUCAAGGGCUAACAUGUUCACAUCUGGUGUGGUUUUGUCUUGUUGUGGUCCAAACUUUUCACUCUGCAGGAGCCAAAGAAGUCCGUCAACGGGUCAGCAUCCAAGGGAUUGUCUAAUUCCACACCUGGCUUGGUCCCCAACUAUGAUUUCUUGGAUGUUUUCAACCAUUCGACUCAUCAAGGACAUCUCCUGUUGUAUAUAUAGCUAUUUGAAAUUCCUUACAGUUCUAACAGAUAUUUGGCUUUUUUUCUGCUACUAAACACCUUUGAAAUUGACAGAGACUGACACCACAUCCAAGUCCAGAGAACACACAAUUUAAGUUCUUUAAAUAAUCCUUAGUCAGAAGCCAAAAAGUACGUCCAACUGUCCAAAUCUUUCACUCUGCAGAAGCACAAAUUUGUUGAAUUUUUACAGGAUCCACACUAUUACAUCUCCUGCUAUACGUACUAUAUAUAGCUAGUUGAAAGUCUUCACAGUUUUCAAAAAUAUUUGGCUUUAUCUGCAAUAUUCCCCCCCAAUGAAAUUGAUGGAGAUUGACACCACCUCCUUCUCAGAUUAAGUCCAGACUACCAAAUGAUUCAAGUUCUUUAAAGAAGCGUUUUUUGCCUUGUUACAAGUCAGUUAACGGGUCAGUGUCCAUUCAAUCAUUCCAUACCCAACUUGCUCCCAGAGUUCUUGACCGAUUUCAUCCAUUCAAGAUAUCUUCUAUAAUAUAUACAGCAAUUUGAAAUUGGGACCACCCAUACUCAAAUUUAGACUACCAAAGACUGAGGUUCUUUUUUGGGUUUCUUUGUCGCUGCCUGUGAAUUGAAGCUAUUCUAUAUUUGUACUGGUGCUAAAGACACUUUCCAGAGAGGGCACUUAUUUUAUUUUUGUCUUUUCCAAACUUUGUGUGAAAGACUUUUGCCAGAUAAUAUGCUGUAAAUAAAUUAGCUCGACAAAAUGUUAGAAACUUUUUAACCGUUUAUGAUUCUAUCACCUGCUAAUUUCUGCCAGUGAGUUGAAAGAAGUCGGAUUUAAAAAAAAAGAAGUCAUCAUCUUUAGAAGAAGAAGUCACUGCGUUGUACGGAGUUCGUGGCACCCCCAACCCAACCCCCAAGGAUAGGUUGGGGGUGUUUCCCCCACUUUAGCAUUUAUUAUUUAUUAUUAUCAUAAACAUUUGUUUGUUUGUUUUCAUGCACAAAUAAAGAAACAAAUGGCAUUAAAGUGACGCAGUUUAUAAAGGAAUAAAUUGUUUCAAUGUUUUAUAAUUUUGUACUUGAAUAAAAUGAGCAAGACAAAUAAAAAGAUUCCCGAUUUAAAACCACAAUUAACUUCUUUCUACAACUUUCUUAAGCAAAAAUCUGUGUUUAAUGAUUUUGACAUUUAUUGCAAUGAAUUUUUACCCAUGACAACCCUGGUAUCUUGCCGUUUUGUCUUCAUUUCCUGUGUGUAACUAAUAUAGAUGUAGUCCAAUUAAACUGAAAUUGCCAUUUUUGUUUUAAAAUAAUCUGCAAAUUAUUUCAAAUUUAUUUAAUUUUUUUUUUGUCUGAGGAACUUGAUAAAUGUUGCCAAGUCAGGAAAAUGUACACACUUUUCCAUCCAAAAGUGAUGACCUGUGUCACGUUUUUAAUAUUUAGUUCAUAAAUUAUUUUCAUUGUAAAUCCUGUACAUUAGAUUUGUUCAAUAACUGGUUACUGGAUUGAAGACAUUUGUUUGUAUAAGUUGUUGUCAUUAAACAGUAAGAUGGUAAGACGGAGUAUAAGGGCAACAUUUCACAGACUUCAAGAACAGUCGUAAAUUUACGAGAAUAAAGUCAUAAAUUUACGAGAAUAGAGUCGUAAUAUUCUACCCUGUUGUUGUUGAACAGGAGAGUUGUUAAAAUAAUCUUGUAAAUUAGGACUUUUCUCAAUGUGGCCCUAAUACAUCGUAAAAUGGAGCCAAAACAACAUUAAAAAAAAAAAAUCAGCAUCAGUCGUAGAAAAGCACAAAUUGGUCGACCUCUAAACUAAAUGAUGUUCUCAUCCCGUUAAAAAAAAGAAUAUAAAUGUUUAAAAGCUUUAAGUGUUUUUCAAACUUUCAUCCACACAUCAUUGCACUGUGAUGUUGAGACACUGACACUGAAGGUUCCUGUUUAUGCCGACAGUAAACAUGUGAUGAUAUCGUGAACACAAAUGUUUUGAACUGGGCUAAACUUUUCCCCACUGUUCUAUAAACAAACUCAACAACAA